AUGGCUGAGCAGAUACUUGGGGAUGGCAGCACGGAGCGGGAACGCGGGGACGGCAGCACGGAGCAGGAACGCAGGACACCACGCGGCGGCGAAACGGACCGAGCGCGUGGAUCGGUCAUCGCUGAAAGCACGGCACUAGUGCUUUUGGAUGGCGGCACGAAGCGGGAACGCGGCGACGGAAGCACGGGGCAGGAACGCCGGACACCACGUGGAUCGGCCAUCGCUGAAAGCACGGCACUAGUGCUUGUGGAUGGCGGCACGGAGCGGGAACGCGGCGACGGAAGCACGGAGCAGGAACGCCGGACACCAAGUGGAUCGGCCAUCGCUGAAAGCACGGCACUAAUGCUUGUGGAUGGCGGCACGGAGCGGGAACGCGGCGACGAAGGCACGGAGCAGGAACGCGGCGACGGAAGCACGGAGCAGGAAAGCCGGACACCACGUGGAUCGGCCAUCGCUGAAAGCACGGCACGAAUGCUUGUGGAUGGCGGCACGGAGCGGGAACGCGGGGACGGCAGCACGGAGCAGGAACGCCGGACACCACGUGGAUCGGCCAUCGCUGAAAGCACGGCACGAAUGCUUGUGGAUGGCGGCACGGAGCGGGAACGCGGGGACGGCAGCACGGAGCAGGAACGCCGGACACCACGUGGAUCGGCCAUCGCUGAAAGCACGGCACUAAUGCUUGUGGAUGGCGGCACGGAGCGGGAACGCGGCGACGGAAGCACGGAGCAGGGACGCCGGACACCACGUGGUGGCGAAACGGAAUGUGGUUGUCACUUCGCAGCUUCGGAAGAUUUCACGUGCAAAAGAGUAUGA